AUGGCGGAAAUGGCGGAUUGUUGCUGCUGCUGCUGCCUCUGUGCAGCCUGCUUCACUGCGUGCGGGAGGCUUUGCCUCUACCUACCUUGGGGAACCAAGUUCAAGAGAAAAGACGACGACGACGACGAGUACAUCGCAGACGUUGAACGCGAGGGACAAAUGUUCAAAGAUGCAGCUGCAGAGUCGAAGGGUCCCGUGUUUAGGCAACCGCUGCCCACUGACCGGCCAGAACACCGCCCAGCGCCACGAGCUAAUCAGCAGGGUGAUCCUCGUCGGCACUCCGAGAGACAUCGAAGAAGCCAGCACCCGUCAGGUCACCAUUACCCCCCGACCCCUGCGGCGCCCCCCAAUCACGAAGAGUUUCCGAACCCGCACGCCCACCCCAGCUCACGCAACCCUCCAAACCGACAGGAUAACCAUGAUUUGCAUCCAGGACCAACCUCGUCCCUUCCGAAAGUACCUAACCAAGAAGAGUUUCCGAACCCUCACCCUCCAAAUCGCCAUGAGAAUCGUGAUACUCGUCCGACACACGCCUCCUCCCCUCAGAGUGCAUUCGCCGAGCAAGAUGCUCCUCCUCCUGUCCCGGAUAAGGCUUGA